AUGAGAAGAAGAGGGUCUCUGGUUUAUUCUCCUCUAGGAGUUUUUAUUCUAAUGUGCAGGUUCAUCAGCAUAGUUCUUGCCCAGCAAUACACUGAGAAAACCAUCUCAAAUGUCAAUGGCAAUGUGAGAAAUGGCUCACUUGUAUCAGCAUUGUUUGUAUUAGGGGAUUCCUCUGUUGAUUGUGGGGACAAUACUCUAUUCUACCCUCUGCUUCACGGCCGCCUAUCUCUUCAUCCGUGUAAUGGCUCGGAUGCCACUCUUCUUCCUCAACUUAUUGCUGAAAAGAUUGGAUUGACAUCAAUCCGACCAUUUUAUGCUCAAAAUGGAUCUCUGACUGAGGUUCUCGGUGGUCUCAACUUUGGAUCAACACAAGCUACAAUCAUGAACCAGGGAAGCUUCAGCCACCAGUCUCUCAAUCAACAACUACGUCAAGUCUCUGAGAGCAUGCAGCUGCUGCAACUGCAGCUGAGCGAAAACUCUGCUACUGAAUUUACAAAAUCAUCCAUCUUUUUCCUCUCCUUUGGCAAAGAAGAUUACAUUGAUCUGUUCCUACACAACUCUUCCAGCCCAAUGUUAAACCAUGACGCGCAAUAUUUUGCUACCAUUUUGGUCAAUCAGAUGACAAAUGCAAUGAGGUAUCUGUAUGAUGCAAAUGCAAGGAAAAUCAUAUGCUUAGGAGUUUUGCCUUUGGGAUGUGCACCACGUAUAGCAUGGGAGUCGAACCAGACAUCGAAUGGCGAUGAUAUUAAUGGAAAUGGUUGUGUAGAUAAUGUCAAUGAUUGGAUCUUGGAAUACAACAGAAUGCUAGAUGAACACAUAGUCCAGCUUAAUGCAGAGUUUUCUGAUGCUCAUAUAGUUUUCUGUGAUGUAUACAGUGGAAUAUUAGAGAUUAUAAACAACCCAAGAUUUUAUGGUUUUGAAGACACAAAUAGUGCAUGUUGUGGACUUGGUUUGAAUGGUGCAAUGAUAGGGUGUAUCUCUACAGAAAUGGCCUGUAAUCAAGCUUCAUCACACGUUUGGUGGGACUUGUUCAAUCCUACACAAGCUGUGAACUCUAUCCUAGCUGAAGCAGCUUGGUCUAACCAACCUAUACCAGAUCUUUGUCGACCUUUAACCAUCCACGAUUUGGUCAACACCAAAACCUAG